AUGAAAAUGUAUUGCUGUGCACGUGGCACGUUUCACUGUCAGUAUACCAAUGGAGUUCAUUUUGAGAAAUUAAGAACGAAAUACAGUAUCGACGAGAACAUACUUGUACAUUAUACAAUACAAGAGAGAGUUCAUACAUCAACGCGUGAUUGGAUCGGAAUUUUUCCAAGAGGAUGGACCAAUUUACAGCAAUAUCUUACGUUUGAAUACGUCACUGUAUCACCUAAGAAUCUAUCGAAUUUAUCCAAUCGAAAUAUUACGUUUUUACAUACUUUCCAUCGAGAGGCACUGCCAAACGUCGAUUAUCAAUUCGUUUACGUGAGCAAAGAAAUAGAAAUCUUAGGAACUAGCUCUUAUUUCCGCUUCAUUGUGACCCCAAAUGUUCGUCCCCUCGAUCUAAGCUCGAAUACGCCGAACUAUGACAUUGUCAACGAUAAUCAUAUACCCACGAUUCUGUCACCGACAAUCGGGAACACGGGAAAGAUAAUCGGAUGUAGCCGAUCGACCGACAAUAUCGUUCAAUCGUAUCGUACGAGGCGAUCGUUUGGAGAUCAAAGACAGAAAAUGGAGAGAACGUGCCGAUUUUGCUCGAAAUCGGCAUCGUUCACCACGAACAGGGUUCAAUUCCUAGUAUUGCAUAAUGAACAACUCGUAUCGAGAGUGAACCGUCUCACUCGCGACUUAGAAUUAACAGAAGCAACUGUGAAAAGCGAAAGAAUGGCGCAAACAGUUUUGACAAAGAAAUUGCAAGCUUACGAGACGUUCAUCGCGGAUAUGUUCAAAUGUCUGAAUAUCAUGGGAACUGUAAAGAUUAUGGAUAAAUCAGGAAAAGAGAUGAUUGUACAAAAAAUAAAACCAAAGGAUCUACCUCUGAUGCGCGAUGAGGCAGGUGAUAAACCUCUUCCUAUUCUUGAAGUUUCAAUGUUGAAUCAAUCCUCUGAAAUGAAAGAAUAUAAUAAUGAAGCAACAAUAAAAGUAGAACGAGUAGAGAAUAUUCCUCAAUUACCGCACAUAUUCAAAAUAGAGGAUAACAAAGAAGCUAUGAUUAAGAAUUGGAAAAAAGAUAUAGAGUUCUCCGUGAAAAAAGAAUUCACGGCUGUCAAAGAAGAGAAAAAGUUUGACAUUAGCUUGUCCGUAGAAGAGCAGCAGCCUCAGUUCGAUACGAAUAUUUCGAUAGAGGCGACAGGGAUUAAAGAAGAGGAUCAUGAGAAUCGGCGCGGUUCUUAUAUAACGAAAGAGGCCACGGGCGCAACGAACGAACCGGAAGAUAAUACAUGCAAAGCCACUUGUAAAAUCGAACAGUUUAACUGUGCCGAGGACAAAUUAGAUGAUACGAAAAAUACAAUCUAUGACGAGAAAAAUAUCGGGCAAAAUAUGGAUUCGUUGAUAAGCGUGGACUCGUUAAAAUGUUGUUGCGAUUGUCAUUUGAAUACGUCAAAGACGCUUAGUAUUAACAAAAAGAUUGAUAGCGAUAAUGUGAAAGAAUGGGCGCUUCAAUGCGAAUGUGACUUGGAGAUAUCCGAUGAAAUGUAUCAGAUGAUCGAUAACUAUGCGGAACGGCGUCAUAGUAGUAGCAUUGACGUGACGAAAAAUGGCUUAUCCGCGAUUCUGAUAAAGGGUAGAAAUGCCAAAUUUGGUGUUAUCAAGUAA